CACCUAUUUUGCCAUCCCUCAACCCCAACCCACUUUGGUAACCAACAGUUUAUUUACUGUAUUUAUGAAUCUGUUGCUGUUUUGUUUGUUUGUUUUUUAGAUUCCACAUAUAAGUGAAAUCAUAUGGUAUUUGUCUUCUGACUUAUUUCAUCUAGCAUAACACCCUUCUUACAUCCAUGUUGUUAUAAAUGGCAACAUUUUGUUAUUUUUCAUGGUUGAGUAAUAGGGCUUGUGUUUCUUACAGAGUUCUCUGGAUGACAGCUAGGAUAGGAAAUGGUACUUCACUACUUUUGUUAAUAAAGCAUAAUAGACCUUAAUCUUUUUCAGCGAUAAAAUAUCUUUCUAAGAUAUUCUGCUGCUUCUAAGAGCUCUUUACAUUUGAAUUAACUGAAUUCUAGUAUAAGUGACUUGGAGCCAAAUUUGAUAGUUUAAAUUUUGGGCUUCCCUGUAGCUCACCUUGUCAUCUUGGACAAAUUACUUAACCUACUGUGCCUUUGUUUUCCAAUCUCAAAGAGGGAUCAUAGUAAUAGUAUUUAUGUUAGAGACUUGGGAUAAUUAAAUGAAUAAAUGGUGUUUAGUACAUGGUAGUUGCAAUAUAACUAUUAAUAUUGUUUUUAUUCUUAGAAAUAAUGUCUUCAAAGUCUCUUUCCUGCUGGACUGAAUGUGCUGAAGCCAGAGACUUCAUCAGUUUUGUCUACUGUCAGUUGAGUUGCUUGCAAAUACCUCCAAAUGGGCUUGGAAUCCAUCUCCCCCUUCCUUUAAACAUUUUUUGUUUAUUUGCACAUGCACUUAUUUGAGAAAGGAUUAAGAUGGCUUAAUUUAAGUUAAUUUAUAUUUAUAUUAAUUAGUUCAUUUAUAGGAGCCCUUGGCUUAACCUGGGAAAUCCUGGUUCAACAGUGGGAAAGUUAAUUUACAGAAGCCCUUGGCUUAAUUUAGGAAAUCCUGGUUCAACAGUGAGAAAGUUAAUUUAUAGAAGCCGUUGGCUUAACUGGGAAAUCCCUGGUUCAACAGUGGGAAAACAGUGAAUCUUGCCCUUAGGGGACGCUAUUUAUCAGGGUAUCCUAACCCCAGGAAAAGGGAGGAGAAAAGGCGCACGGACGGGAGUGACAUCAGCAGGAAAUUAGUAUCAAGUUACCCAAAACCUAAGACCUAGUUUUUACUCGCACAGCCAGAAAAUCUGGAGUUCUCUUGCCGCACAAAUGGAAGCUGACUUGGAAUUUGGAGCGCAAAGAGGAUUCUAAUUUCUUCAAAACUUUUGUUUUCAGGCAAUUUCCCGGAGGCCCAUUUAUCGUCUACCUCCAGAGGAUCAGUGGAAUUUCAUCUGAAGGCUGGCCCUGGCAUCUCAAAGCCAAAGUAUGAGUCCCAGUACAGAUGAUAAAUAUAACAUGAGCUUUCGCAAGAAGCUUCUGACUAUUAGUUCAAACCUGGGGGACCAAGAUGUGGAGAGCCUGAAGUUUCUCUGCCAAGACUAUAUCUCCAAUCAGAAGCUGGAGAAGGCCAGCUCAGCCGCGGAUAUUUUCCAUCACCUUUUGGCAGAGGAGCUUCUGAGUGAGGAAGACCCCUUCUUCCUCGCGGAACUCCUCUACAUCAUCAGGCAGAAUUUACUGCUGCGGAGCCUGCACUACACCAAAGAGCAAGUGGAGCGUUUGCUGCCCAUCCGGAGGAGGGUCUCCCUGUUCAGACACCUGCUCUACGAACUGUCAGAAGACUUCAACUCAGAGAACUUAAGGGACAUGAUCUUCCUUCUGGGGAACUUGAUUCCAAACGUCAAGAUGACCUCUCUAAGUUUGCUGGCAUAUCUGAAGAAACAAGCUCUAAUAGAUGAAGAUAAUCUGACAUUACUGGAGGAUCUCUGCAAAAAAGUUAAACCUGACCAAAUCAAAAAGAUAGAAAAGUAUAAAAGAGAUAAAGCCUCCCUGGUAGUGACACUUCCUGUAGAUAAGAAAACUGAGUCAUCGUGUCGAGGAAAGGAGGAACUAUUUUCCAGUUCAGACAUUAGGCAGCUUUUGGGAGCCUUACAGAAGGCAGAUCUGUACAGGAUGGAUCGGAAACACAGAGGACACUGUGUCAUCAUCAACAACCACAGCUUCACCUCACUGCCACGUAGAACGGGGACCAAUGCAGAUGCUGAGUGCCUGAAGAGCGUGUUUCAGUGGCUUGGGUUCAGUGUAUAUACAUACAAUGAUGUGACUAAAAAAUGCCUGGAAGAGAUUCUGCAUGAAUUUAAGAGCCAUCCAGGCAAUGCUGAUGGAGACUGCUUUGUGUUCUUUGCUCUGACCCAUGGGAAAUUUGGAGCCGUUUACUCUUCAGAUGAAGCUAUCAUUCCCAUUCGAGAGAUCAUGUCUCACUUCACAGCCCAGCAGUGCCCUGGUCUGGCCCACAAACCCAAACUCUUUUUCAUCCAGGCCUGUCAAGGUAAAGCGAUGCAACCUUCUGUAUUCAUUGAAGCAGAUGCUAUAGAUCCUGAGCAUGCGUACCCUCCCCUUGUGAAUGGUGUUCCCAAUGAGGCGGAUUUUCUUCUUGGCUUGGCCACUGUCCCUGGCUAUGUGGCCUAUAGGCAUGCACUGCAAGGCAGCUGGUAUAUUCAAUCUCUGUGCAAUCAUCUGAAGGACUUGGUCCCCAGACAUGAAGAUAUCUUAUCCAUCCUCACUGUUGUCAACAAUGAUGUGAGUCAAAAAGUGGACAGAUUUGGAAGACACAGACAGAUGCCCCAGCCUGUUUACACACUGCGUAAAAAAAUAAUAUUCCCGGUGCCACAGGAAGAACUUUUAUGAUCAUAGUUUUCCUUCACUCUUAGAUUUGAAGAGAACCUCUGGUCUUCUCUUCCAACCUCCCACCCAGCAUAACAGUCAGUGACAGUGGGCUGGUCUUUCAUUUCAAUAAUAGGAAAUGCCCUAUUUUCUUUUUUUUUUUUUAAUUUUAUUCUUCAACUUCUCUCCAUGAAAGAUGAACACAAAGUUUUUUUUUUAAUUCAUAUACAGUCUUAUAUUAGUUUCAAGGAUACAACACAGUGGUUCCAUGGUUGUCCAUAUUAUUAAAUCCUCACCCCCAGUAAUACAGCUACUAUCUGUCAACAUAGGAAGAUGUUACAGAAUCACUAACUAUAUUCUCCAUGCUGUACUACUAUCCCUGUGACCAACCUGCAUUAUGAUUAAUAAUUUUUGUGCCCCUUUAUCUCUGCCUUUUUGUUCUGCUGAUAGUGUCUUUUGCGUACAGAAGCUUUUUAGUUUGAUGUAGUCCCACUUGCUCAUUUUUUAUGUUUUUUCCCUUGCCUGAGAAGAUGUGUCCAGGAAAAAUUUGCUCAUAUUUAUGUUCAAGAGAUUUUUGCCUAUGUUUUCUUCUAAGAGUUUUAUGGUUUCAUGCCUUACAUUCAGGUCUUUGAUCCAUUUUGAAUUUACUUUUGAGUAUGAAGUUAGGCAGUAAUCCAGUCUCAUUCUCUUGCAUGUAGCUGUCCAGUUUUCCCAACACCAGUUGUUGAAGAGGCUGUCUUUUCCCCACUGUAUAUUCAUGACUCCUUUAUCAUAUAUUGACUGACCAUAUAUGUGUGAGUAUAUAUUUGGGCUCUCUAUUCUGUUCCAUUGAUCUAUGGAUCUGUUCUUGGCGAGUACCAUAUUAUUUUGAGUAUUGUAGCUUUAUGGUAGAGUGAAGUCAGGGGGUGUAACCCUCCCCACCCCACCCUGCUUUGUUCUUCUUUCUCAGGAUUACUUUGGCUAUUCGGGGUCUUUUGUGGUUCCAUAUGAAUUUUAUAACUAUUUGUUCUAGUUUAUUGAAAAAUACUGUUGGAAUUUUGAUAGGGAUUGCAUUGAAUCUGUAAAUUGCUUUGGGCAGGAUGAACAUUUUGAUAAUAUUAAUUCUUCCUAUACACAAGCAUGGAAUAGAUUUCCACUUAUUUGUGUCUUCUUUACUUUCUCUUAUGAGUGUCCCACAGAUUUCAGAGUAUAUUCACUUCCUUGGUGAGGUUUAUUCCUAUGUAUUUUAUUCUUUUUGAUACAGUUGUAAAUGGAAUUGUUUUACUGAUUUUUCUUUCUGCUACUUCAUUGUUAGUAUAUAGGAAUAUAACACAUUUCUGUGUAUUAAUUUUGCCUCUUGUAACUUUGCUGAAUCCAUUUAUUCUAACAGUUUCUUAGUGGAGUUUUUAGGAUUUUCUAUGUAUAUAAUACCAUCUUGCAAAUAGUGACAGCUUAACUUCUUCCUUACCAAUGUGGAUGCCUUUUUUUUCCUCUUUGUGUUGUCUGAUUGCUGGGGCUAGGACCUCCAGAACUAUGUUGAAUAAAAGUGGUGAGAGUGAACAUCCUUGUCUUUUUCCUGAUCUUAGAGGAAAAGCUUUCAGCUUUUCACCAUUGAGUAUGAUGUUAGCCCUGGGCUUGUCAUAUAUGGUCUUUAUUAUGUUGAGGUACAUACCCUCUAUGCCCAUUUUUUAAAGUUUUUAUCAUAAUUGGAUGUUGAAUUUUGUCAAAUGCUUUUCAGCAUCUAUUGAUACAAUCAUGUGUUUUUUAUCCUUCUUUUUGUUAUAUGGUGAAUGAUAUUGAUUGAUUUACAAAUAUUAUACCAUCCUUGAAUCCCCAGAAUAAGCCCUACUUGGUCAUGAUGGAUGAUCUUUUUGAUGUUUUUUUGAACUUUGUAUGCUAAUAUUUUGGUGAGGAUUUUCACAUCUAUGUUCAUCAGGGAUAUUGGUCUGUAAUUUUCUUUUUUUGUGGUGUCUUUGCCUGGUUUUGGUAUUAGAGUGAUGCUGGCCUCAUAGAAUGAGUUUGAAAGUAUUCCCUUCUCUUCUACUUUUUGGGAUACUUUAAGAAGGAUGGAUAUUAGCUCUUCUUUAAUUAUUUGGUAGUAUUCCACUGUGAAGCCAUCUGUUCCUUGAAUUUUGCCUGCUGGGAGUUUGUUGGUUACCAAUUCAAUUUCAUUGCUGGCAAUUGGUCUGUUCAGAUUUUCUGUUUCUUCCUAGGUCAGUCUUGGAAGGUUGUAUAUUUCUAGGAAGUUGACCAUUUCUUCUAGGUUGUCCAGUGUAUUGGCAUAUAAUGUUUCAUAGUAUUCUCUAAUAAUUCUUUGUAUUUUUGUGAUACCUGUUGUGAUUAAUCCUUCUUCAUUGAUGAUUUUGUUUAUUUGUAUACUCUUUUUUUCUUGAUAAGUCUGUCUAGGGGUUUAUCUAUUUUAUUUAUUUUUCUCAAAGAACCAGCUCCUGGUUUCAAUGAUUCUUUCUAUUUUUUUAUUCUUCUCUAUAUUAUUUAUUUCUGCUCUGAUCUUUAUAUGUCCCUCCUUCUACUAACUUUGGGUUUCAUUUGUUCUUCUUUCUCUAGUUUCUUUAACUGUGAGUUUAGACUGUUUAUUUGGGAUUGUUCUUGUUUCCUGAGGGCGGCUUGUAUUGCUAUGUACUUCCCUCUUAGAACCACUCUUACAGUGUCCCACAGAUUUUGAACUGUUGAAUUUUUGUUGUCAUUUCUUUCUAUGUAUUGCAUUACUUGUUUUAAUUUGGUCAUUGAUCCAUCAAUUAUUUAGAAACAUGUUAUUUAACUUCCACUUGUUUGUAGGUUUUUUUGUUUUCUUUCUGAAAUUUAUUUCUAGUUUAAUAUCAUUGUAGUCUGAGAAGCUGCUUGAUACAAUUUCAAUCUUUUUAAAUUUACUGAGGCUCUUUUUGUGGCCUAGUAUGUAAUCUAUUCUGGAGAACAUUUCAUGUACACUUAAGAACAGUGUGUAUCCUGCUGCUUUUGGGUGGAGUGUUCUGUAGAUGUCUGUUAAAUCCAUCUCAUCUAAUAUACUGUUCAGUGUUUCUGUUUCCUUAUUUAUUUUCAGCCUGUUUGAUCUGUCUAUUGGUGUGAGUGGUGUGUUAAAGCCUCCUACAAUGAAUGUGUUGUAAUCUCUUUCCCCCUCUAAUUCUGUUAGCAUUUGUUUUACAUAUUUAGAUGCACCUAUGAGGGUGUGUAGUUAUUUAUAAUGCUUAUAUCCUCUUGUUGGACUGACCCUCUUUAUCAUUAUGUAAUGUCCUUCUUUGUCUCUUGUUACUUCCUUUGUUUCAAAAUCUAUUUUGUCUGAUACAAGUACUGCUACUCCUGCUUUUUUCCCCUAUUGUUUGCAUGAAAUAUCUCCUUCCAUCCCUUCACUUUAAGUCUGUGUAUGUCUUUGGGUCUGAAAUGAGUCUCUUGUAUGCAGCAUACAGAUGGGUCUUGUUACUUUAUCCAUUUUGCCACUCUAUGUCUUUUGAUUGGGGCAUUCAGUCCAUUUACAUUUAAGGUAAUCAUUAAUAGAUAUGCACUUAUUGCCAUUUUAUUAAUUUUUUUUCUGGUUGUUUUUGUAGCUCUUCUCUGUUCCUUUCUUACUCUCUUAAACUUUUCUCCUGUUGUUUGAUGGUUGUCUUUAGUGUUAUGACUGGAUUUCUCUUUUUAAAUUUUUUGUGUGUUUAUUAUAAGCUUUAUGUUUGCUGCUAUCAAAGGUUAAAGGAGAGCUUCCAGACUGCUGAAGCAGUGAGUCGCGGGGUGCAAGGGCCUGUGGGCUUGCAGAGGCAGCACGCCAUGCAUGUUGUGAAGACGUGUGCAUGCCAGGCUGGCAAAGGUAGCAAGUUGUGUGGUGGGAGGGCCCCCAGUUACAGAGCAGGUAGUUGUGCUGUGGCAGUACACAGCUGCCCCAGCAUCAAGUCCCAGGGUUGCCCCCUAGCAGCAGUGAGGUGUGCAGCACCUGGCUUGGCCACCCAUGGGGAGAAAGGAGUUCUCAGAGCCGGGUUCCACAGACACCUCCCCAGUUAGGCUGAAACAGUGCUGUGAAACCUGGGAGAGUCUCCCUCUGCCUGCUGGUCUGAUGUUGCUGGGCUGAGUGGGCUGGCAUGUUGGCAAUGAGCAGGGAGGUGCCUCGGAACAGAGCUGCCAGAGAGGGGGAUGCAGCAUCAGGGGCUUCUGAGUGUGUUCGACCUGUUGGGCUGAGGGAAGGCUGCGGAGGUAUCAUCUACCGGUCCUUUCUCCUGAGGAGAUAGCUCCAUCCAACCCUUGCCACUCUGACACCCCUCCCACUGCUGGAGAAUCUUUCAAACUGCUGCCUCUGUGUUGGGUCUUGGCAGGAUUAGUGGAGCGUGCCUGU